AUGUUCGCACCAAAACUUGAAAAUAGUGAAACAAUUGAUAAUUAUUUAGAUCUAAUUUAUGGACCAUCAACAGAUUCAAUAGAAGAAGAUAGUAAUUCAAGUUCUAUAAGUGAUAAUGAUAAAUCUGGUCGUUGUCAUGGUGGUCACAAAAAAAGUCAUAUUACAAAAAAGAAAAAAAAUUGUGAAAUUGAAGAUACAAAUAAAAUUGAAUAUUUACCCCCAGCAGAUACUACAAAUCUUAUUCAAAAAGUCCACCCACGGCUAAAAAAUUUUCCAUUUUUAAAAAGUUCUGACUAUAUGCAAAAAAUUCAGGCUGAAUCACUUUUGAAAAAUUUAUAUAAUCAACAUAAACAAGAUAUGAUAGUCUCAAAUCAAGCAGAAAAAACAAUCGAAACAAGUUUAAUUGAGGAUGAAGAUGAUGAUAUAUUUACAGAAAUGUGA